AUGACUGAAAUAGUUCGUCCUUUAUUAAUUUUUAUUUGUUUGUUUAUCAACACUAUUGCGGAACCGAGUAUCAGUAAUUUUCAAGAAUGCUCCCCAAAAGAAAUAGUGAUUUCUCAUGGAAAAUGCUCUUUGUAUGUCAAUGAGCUCAUUUUUCUAUCCGAGGAGUAUAACAAGGAGGAUGUUCCCAUGGAGGCUGUUAAUAACAUGAGCCGUGCAUGUCAAAGUAUUACGAGCUGUUUCGGGGGACUGCAAUGUUUGGAAAGUCAGAAAAACAAGGAGCUCUAUCAGAGAAAAUGUGAUAGCGUCCAGUUAAAAAAUUUUGAAGUUGAGAGCUGUCUGACACGUUUUAUUAAAGACAUUUAUGAGAAAAACUCAAGUUGCUCAAGCAAAUAUGAUUUCACUGCGAAAACUUUCCAACAAAAACGCGAGGCUUACACAUCUGGAAAAUCUUGUUUUUUGGAUUUCGUCAAAAAUAAUUGCUCAGAGAGAGCAUUGUCCUAUAUGAAAUCAGACUAUGAUCAUUUUCUGGAUAUUCUAACUAUUCCGUCCGAAAAUGGAACAUGCACACCGGUUCAGAACACUUUAACCAAAAUACAGUGUGAGGCAGUUAUGAGAGAAAUGCAAUUUAAAAUGAUUGAACUUUCCUUGUCUCGGGACGAGCAUGUCAACCAGAACUUGUCGGCGGCAUGCCAGGAAGUAGCGGACUGUACACGACCGUGCUCUUCUAUGGAUAGCGAAGGAAUUGACAAACUUUGUGGUAACUUCGAAUUACUUGAUGACAAAGAAUUCGUGAAUUGUACCGAAAAAAUAGGAACAAUUCAUAAAGAAAACAAGGAAAAACUUUCGGGAUAUAAAUGCAUGUCUGGCUUGGAUUCAAUUAAAACUCUUACCAAAAAUAAGGAUUGCAUGAAAGAAGUUAUGAAGGGAGAGUGCGAUGAAAGUGCUCUGAAGAAUUUCGAUAGGAAUUGGAAGAUAUUGGAUAAUGCGUUGUCUCAUUGA